AUGGCGUCGGCAAAGGAUGAAAAGAAGGCCAUGGGCAAGGCCGAGGGCGACCAGUUCGAGUUCUCACUGGAGGAAAUGGGAGUGGAGGACAUAAACAAGCGGAUCUUGACCGAACAAAGCUCCGAGAUCAAGAGCAUUGAAAAGGACUUAACGCAAAUCAACGAGAUGUUCAAGGACAUGCGCCACAUCGUUGAGGAAGCAACCCCGCAGCUGGAUGCCGUGGAGGAAAAGGUGUCUGGGACCAAGGCAGCUACGGAAGAAGGCACAGUAACGUUGAUGCAGACAAUGCGGGCGGUGAUCAUGGCCAGAUGGAAGAAGCUGCUGAUUGCCGCCAUUAUCCUGGCCCUCAUCAUCGUGGUGGCGAUCAUUGUCGCGAUCAUUGUGGUGUCCAACACCUAG